AUUCCCCUGGAGACCGUGACGUCGAUGCAGGAAGGGGAAACUGAGAAAGUUGUUAAGACGCGUAAAGUUCAGCUGGUGACUUUUUGUUAUAUUUUCUUCCUCUUAGGUGUUUAGUAUGGUUGCUUCGUUGUGGAUUGCUAACCGUUCACUUUGAUCCUUCGUUAUUUUUUUGAGGAUGGGAUCUUCAGCCAGCCAGUUGACGAAGGAGCUGCUUUCGGAGUACCAGGAGCUGACAUUUUUAACGAAGCAGGAGAUUCUACUUGCCCACUGUCGCUUCAAAGAGUUACUCCCUAAAGAAAGCAGAAAUACAAUGGACUACCGGGUCCCAAUGGAGAAGAUUUUGACAAUGCCAGAGCUAAAGUCCAAUCCAUUCCGCCAAAGGAUCUGUUAUGUAUUCUCCACUUCAGAAGCUAAAGAUGGCAGCUUGUCUUUUGAAGACUUCCUCGACUUUUUGAGUGUAUUCAGUGACUCUGCCACCCCAGAAAUUAAAUCACAUUAUGCUUUCCGCAUCUUUGAUUUUGAUGACGAUGGAACAUUGGAUCGUAAUGAUCUAGUGAAAUUGGUUAACUGUCUCACUGGAGAUGCCCCAGAAACAAGACUCUCCCAAGAAGAAAUGAACCAACUAAUUGGAAAUAUCCUUGAAGAGUCUGAUAUUGACAAAGAUGGGACGGUUAAUCUUUCAGAGUUCCAGCAUGUAAUUUCAAGAUCACCAGACUUUGUCAGCUCUUUCAAGAUUGUUUUGUGAGAGACAUCCAUCAAUAUCUGCUCCAGUCUGUUUGAUCUGAGGCAUAGGGUUGAGACCAUUGUGUUCCUCCAGCAUCUGACAUCGAACAUUACAGCAACUAAUUCUCCAGCUCUCUUUUUAAAGUAAUUUUGCCUAUGUAUUUACUUGGAAAAUUAUUAUUCAUAAAUUUUAGAAAAAUGAAAUGUAUACAUUUUAUAAUGAAAAAUAAGACUGUCACUGUGCAAUAAACAAUAUUUAAAGUAAUCUGUUUCAUUUUAUAAGACUCAAACAUAGGAAAAAAAAAUUUAUAUAAUCCUAUGUGAAGCUGACAAAAUUUCAGAAUAGUUUUACAGAAUAAUAUUGUGUAGAUAAUUACUUUUUUUACAGAGAAAUUGUAUCUUGAAUUUAUAUUCAGUGAGACUUGCAAUACAACAAAAAUGUCUGAAUACAUGGUGUGAAAAGCACAGUUUACUAAUGAUGUUCUUCUACUCUGCUGCUGCUGUCAAGUCCCAUUUUCAUCUUUAGCGUGUGAUUCAUUUGCUGGUUAUACAUUAAUUACCUUUCCUUGGUUCCUCAGUAAACAUUUUGAUUUCCAUUUCUUUUUGUCUUUGUUUUACUGUACUGAAUUUAAAAAAAAAUUGGACAUUAUGUACCUUUGCACUGUGCAAUUUCUUUUUAAUGUCUUAAUUGCAGUUUGUGAUGAUAUUGUAUUCAAUAAAAGCUGAUCACUUGAAUGAGAA